AUGACAAUAUCUGUAAAAGCUAUAUGUUUUCAUUUAAUUUUAGUGCAAAUUAUAAUAUAUAGUAUAAAAUGUGAAAUAAGUGAAAAUUCAUAUACUUAUAAAAAUGGUGAUGCAGGCAGUAUCGAAGAACACACCAUUGCUAAUUUGAUAAAUGAAAAACAGUCACAUAAUACAAAUACUAAUUUAGUUAAUCAAAAUGGGGGAUUGAAAAAUAGUUAUAAAGGAUUAUUAAACAAUCAAUUAUAUUCUUUGGGUAAAAUGCCUGUAUUACAGCAAUCAUCUGGGAAUAAUAAUAAUAUCAAUGCUCUUGAGAAAUUAAAUAAAGAUAAUUCCUUAAUAAAGAAUGCUAAAGGGGGGGUAGAUUCUAGUAGCAUAAAUCAACAUAAUAUAGUUCAUAAAAAUGAAACAGAAUUAAACACGAACAUGAAUAAUGAGCAAUUUACAAAUACAAAAAACAGUAUUAUAAAUUCUCAUGACCAUUUGGAUGAAUACAACAAAAAUUAUACUGAUAAUCUUAAAAGUGUAAAGAAUAAUUUUAAUGUCCCAAAUUUAGAUGAUAGCAAUAUUGAUUUCUAUGAUAACAAUUAUUUAGAAUCAGAAAAAUAUAUUCCAAUAAAAUAUCCAUUUGACAACCAUGCGACGAAAAAUAAUAGUAGCAAUAUUAAAAGUAAUAAUAUAUAUCAUAGUGAGGGAUCAACCAUAAAAAAUAGUGUAACUGAGGAAGAAAAUUAUAAUGGAAAUAUAAAACUCACGUCAUUUACUAAAAAUGAAAAAGAAAGUAUAAAUAAAACAUUAGACACAGGAAAUGAAUUUGAUUUAAUGGAUGUGCUACUAUAUGGCUAUAAGCCUGAUGUAAAUAGUCAUACAAAUAUUAAAAAAAGAUAUAAAAAUAAACAAAGGAAAAGAGUCACAAGAAAAUUUAAUGAUUUUGAUUUAAUGGACGCUUUAACACCAAAUGUUAAUGAACCCAUUUCAAUGAAUGAUGAAAAAUACAACAAUAAAAAUUCGAACUUCAUAAGCACGAAAUAUUAUGGUAUCGAUGAUGAAAAUCCCCCAAAUGAAACAUUAAAAAAAGAAGAUGUAGAUAUGUCCUUAAAAUAUUUGGGAUUAGGAUAUGACAUCAUUAUGGGAAACCCAGAAGGUGAUCCAUUGUUGAAUGUCGAUCCAGGAUUUAGAGCCCCAGUUCUUCAAAUAAAUAUUACAGAUACUGAUAUAAAUAAUAACAACGAUAAUAUCAAACAAAAUGGGGAUGGCCAAGACAAUCAUUCUAACAUUGGUGAUAUAAAGGAUAAUAAUAAUAAAAAUAAAAUAGUUCCAUGGAUAAUUCCAGAGCAUUCAUGCAAUCAAUCAAAAAAUGUCGAAGAAAUAAAAAGUUUAGAAGAAUAUACAUUAGAAUUAUUAUCAGAUGUUAAGGUGAGUACCCCUUUUAUAUUUCCAUAUUCUUUUUCAGCGUCUGCGGGAUAUAAAAAUGCAUUAAAAAAAUUAAAAAUUCAAAAUUCGAUUAUAUUUAUGAUGAAGAUAUAUUGUUUAAGAUAUUAUACGGGUAUACCUACAAAUACAAACAUGUGGGAAUUUACAAAUAAUUUUCGAAAUGCUUUAAAUAAGUUGCCUAAUACAUUUGAUGGCUUAAAAGAAGAUAAUGAAUGUACAUAUGAAUAUUAUAUGUCCAAAUCCCAUACCCCUCAAUGUGAAAAAAAUGUAAAUAAGUGGAUGACUUUUUUUAAGCUUCAUGGUACACAUGUAGCACAUGAAAUGUAUUUAGGUGGUAAAAUAAUAAUAAAAGUAAAUAUAGAAAAAGAUGAAUAUGAUCAAAUAAAAGCAAAUAAUUUAAAUAUGAAAACGAUAUUUGAUUUUUAUUUUCAUAAAAUGGGAUUAUCUAUAAGUAAAAAUAGAAGAAUACAAAAAUUUAUAAAUAAAAUGCAUGGAUCAAAAACUGUGUCUAUACUUGGUGGGCAUCCAGGUUUAAAUAUAGAUGAUUCAUCAUUUUUUGAAAAAUGGAUAAAUUCGAUUGAUAAUAAUUCUAUGCCUAUAAGGACAAAAUUAUUACCAUUUAGUUUUUUUAUGGAUGAUCCAAAUAUGAUAAAAGCAUAUAAUGAUGCAUUAAUAUUUUAUGGUUUAACUUAUGGAAUACAAAUAUAUGAUCAACAGCAAUAUAAUAAUAAUCAAAUCCAUAUUGGCGAUUAUUUAGAAAACUCGAUUCAACAAAUAUAUCAUGGUUCACCUCCUGGGUUAUUAACAUGCCCAAUUGGUACUAGUAUAUUAAUGGGGUUUUCUUUAAAUUUAGAUUUUUAUAAAAAUCAAAGUUUAAACGAAAUAAUCGGAAUUAAUGCUUGUGAGCAAAUGAAAGAAUCAUGUAGUGGAAAUGGGUUUAUAAAUAAAUAUUCAGAUAUAAGAAUAUGGGGUCUAUGUUCAGAAAAAUCGUUAUACAUUAUAAAUCAGGUAGUAGAACAAAAUGAAGCAACUAAAACAACAGCAACAUGUCCUGAAAAUUCUGUGAUUUUAUUCGGAUUUGCUUUAAUGAAAGGAAUUGGUAAAUCAUCUGCUAAUGUAGUAGAUCUUUAUCCUUGCCGUACAGGACAAAAUAGUUGCUCAGCUGUUUUACAAAAUCAAAAAUUCAAACAAAGUAUGAUAUAUAUUGCAUGUGUAAAUAAAGCAACUAUAGGAUUAGAGAGUUUACAAACUUAUACUAAAGUAAAAAAUUUGGGAUAUGUUAACUCAGAUAAUUAUCAAAAUGAUGGAUAUCUAGAUUUAGAAUGUCCUGAAAAUAGUACUCUUGUAUUCGGUUUUGCUUUAGAAUUUCAUACAAAUUUCCAAACAACUCGAGAUAAUUUUAUAAAAUGUUCUAAAGGAGAAAAUACAUGUAAAAUACGAGGAGUAGGAAUUAAUACUAAUCUAUUUUUCUUUAAGAAAGACAAACAUUCCCUUGGAAUAGUUGCUCUUUGUCGUUCGAAAAGCUCAAAGAUGGGCCGAAAUUAA